CGUUUGCUCGUCUCGCGCCCGGCGGCUGGCCACAGGGACGCUCCCUACAAAAACAGCUGCUCCGUUCCUGCACUGCGCCUGCAUCUGCCGGCCUUCUCUUUGUUACUCCCUCCUACAUACUUCCGCUUGCGACGCUGCCGGAGCUGCUCGGCCUCCGAGUGGACCUGCAAUUCCCCAAAGGCCGCGGCCCGCCGCGCCAGCUUGCGCACCUAAAGUACGCCACACCCCGCGGCUGCUGCCAUGGACAGUGCGAAUCAAACUGCGUCAAGACCACGCUUCCGCCGUCGCGUCAUGGGCUUCCUCAAGCAUUUCCGCCACAAGGGCCACGACAAGGAGAAGCACCGCCGCUCCCACAGCCAUGCCGGGCCCUACAACAACCACACCUACGCCGCUCCCAUCGAUCCCACCCGCAACUUCACCGCCAGGCUCCCGGACAAGGUCCUCGACCUGAUCUUCAAGGCCGUGUGCCCCCACACCGCCGACGAGAGCUAUGAAGUCACCGAAAAGUCCAUGAUCGGAGACGGCUGCAUGCUCUGUGACCUGCGCGAUCUCUCCAAUUGCGCCCAAGUCUCCAAGAAAUGGCACAGAACUGCCCAGCCUUUGCUCUACCGGAGCGUGCGCAUUGACGCCGUCCACUACUGCGAACUCGAAGACAUCCUUUCCGACACUCGCCGCCGCAAGUCGCGCCAUGAGCCCGUCGACCUGCUCGCCCGGACUGUGCGAGAGAACCAGUACCUAGCCGAGACGGUCCUGCUGCUCAAAUUGCCCUACAUGACUCGGGAAACAUACAAGGCCGACUUGGCCCGGACUAUCUCUGUCUUGCCAAACCUUCAUUACGUGGACCUUCCGGAUGGAUUCUACACCGGAGACCAGUCAUGCCAUACCCUCAGACAAGAGCUGCAAGCCAGCUGCCGCGGUCUUCGAAAGAUGAAGUAUGAUACGGGCUCGGAGCAGCUGUUCGAGCUGCUUCUGCAGGGAUUCUGGCAACAGCUCGAGGUCCUAGAGCUUUCUCGUCUUAGAGUCGAGCCGAUGACUCUUCGCCAAGUCAUCGCCAUUCUGCCAAAUCUCAAAGAACUGACGGUCAGCGAGAUGCCUUGGCUCGGAGACGCCGUAUUUGAAGAUUCUCCGGCCGUUGCUCCCUUCCCUCCUGUGGAGCGUCUUACCUUCCAGGAAAUGCCGACGAUUACAGCCAAUGGACUUCUCAACUACCUAUCCCACCGGGAGAAUUCCACGAGGCUCCGCUCUCUGAAACUCGCAUCUACUGGUGUGAACGUGGCCGACCUGCAUGCUGUUAUGUCGUCAGCCCCCUGGCUAAGAAAUUUGGAUAUUUCUGCUACCGUGACCACCGCUCUGCCUAUGGAGGCUCGGCCGCCAUUGCGCUCGCUCACCUUGCGUGUUCUUCAUUUCGAAAUCACGUCGGCGUCUACGGCCUUCCAAGGACUGCAGCCUCCUGACCAAUCGUACUAUGGCUACCUCAUCACCUCCCUUCUUACCAACUCCAUGCCUUCUUUGAAGGAGCUGUACGUACGGGAUCCCAACUUUGCAGAGACGCUCACUCUGGCACCGCCCAUGCCGGCAUAUGCCCAGAGCGAGGGUGGCGCUCCAAGAAGCUUGAGCCAGCCUUUGCAAAUCUAUACCAAGGGAAUGGACGAGUUGGAUUGGAUCUUCACCUCUUACACGCCUGCGGAGGAAGCAGGCCGUAGAGGUAGCUUCAGCGGAGGGAGGCCUCUGUCGGCCUUCAAUGCGCACCUUGGACCCCAGUGGGGUGGAGACAACAGAAGGAGUAUGGUUGUUGGAAACGGUUUUGGUGGAUUUUUGGCGGUCCCGAUGGAUGAGCCGGAAAGACCGAAGACUUCUGGCAGCAUGAAGGGCCACGCGCGCCACGACAGUGCAAAGCGGGCAAGCAGGGCCGACCUUUGGCGAUAG